AAGCCAUUUGUUGAAAGACAACUUGAUUAAAAUGGGAGCUGAGGAAUCUACUUGCACAUAAGCCUGAUGACUUACAGCCCUAAAGUUCUGUGCAAGAGUACUGAUAAGUCAGAAGCUGUUUUUUGGGAAAACUGCAGUAAAGGAAAUAAUGUGCUUCAGUUCAAGUCUGUCUCACUUCAACCAAAAGAUAUUACCUUACCUGGAAAGAUCACUCUUUCGUGGACUGCUGAAGCCAAACAUCAUCUCAGGGGAUUAAUGGCUAAAGUACAAUUUCACAAGAAGAUGUACUUUUGGAUGGAAAUUCCCUGUCCUCACUUUUUCAAUUGUGAGUUCACUUUCUGUGACUGGUUGGAUCGGGAGCCAUCUUGUUCUUUUACUCCUAAUUCUUCAAUAAACGCAACAAAAUCAUUUGAUUAUACAAUGACCAAAGGAUUGUCCUUUUUAACAAGUGGUAGUUACUCUGCAAAGCUUACACUGUUGAGCAAUGGAAAAGUUGUUGGCUGUGUUCGUGUCUACUUUGAGAUCACAGCUUCAUAACGUGCACAAGAGGUGGCAAAGAAAAUCAAUACUUCAGGCAACCUUCUUGUUAUGGCUGUUUAUGCAACAGAAAUUCUCCCUGAUGGAAUUCACAAAUCACGACCCAAAGAUACGAUCCAGAGAUAUGGAAUAAGAUUCACUCUUAC